CAGUGGGCAAUGAACGAGCUGGAGCCAUGUCCAGAUGCUUUAUCUUCAGCGCCGAGCAGCUUUAAUAAACCUCUUUGGGUUUCUCACCUGUGGCAAGUUGGUUCCAACUUAGAUUUCCACCCACUUGGGAUCCAAGUGGCUCCAUCUCUGACUCAUCAUCACUCAUAAUUAACACAGCAAUUAUAUUCACAGUGAGACUUGGAGCAUCUGAAAUUAUCUUUCCCCCCCCCCCUUCUCUUUGCUUUUUCCUUUAAUAUUGUUAUUAUUAGUUUGUGCAUUUCAUUUCCUCGCCGCCAUCUGCUCGAGCUGCUGUCUGCCUGUGCGUGCUCCCAACACCACCAGCUGGGCACAUUACUUGUCCCAUUAAUUGCAAGAUAAAACCCAGAAGAAACAAGUGUGAAGAAGCGAAAUGAGAUGGUGCUGCCGACCUGCUGACCGGCUGCUGCAGGAGGAGCAGCCCACCCGCACCCAGCAGCACCAGGCUCUGCUCAAUCGAGUGCACUAAUGGGGUUCUUUGCACGGCACAGAGGGAAAAAUGCUUCUCUCUCCUCUUCUCUUUGCUUGAGUCUUCCCCCAUGGCACAGGCCUGGGCAGAUCUACACUUAGAUGCAGGGGGAUGAUCCAGAUCAGAGCAGGGAUAUACUGUUCUCUUCAGCCUUGUGUCGCUGUGGUCAUGCUAGAAGAGAUCCGCAGGUCUGAGGGAGGCUCUUGGGCUUGGGAUGGUGGGGAUGGAGAGCAGCAGCUCUGGUGCUGGCAGCACCGUUUAGCCCCAAAGCUCCCAGUGUGUGCAUUAACUCGGGUACCACACGCAUUCGGGGCAGCUCCUGGCUUGGCUUGAGUCGCCUUUUCCCAGGGCUCCCCUUUGGCCGUGGUGAGGAGCAAUAAGGGGGAAUUACGUUGUGAGGGUGGGGAUGCCUUUGGGUUGUCCUGUUGCUCCUCACUGCAGAGCUGGGCACAGAGACAGCUCUGGGGUUUCUCUCCCUAGAGCCCAAACCCGGAGUGCUGCAGCCCAGCAGGACACAGCAGCCAGCCCCAUCUCCUGCCAGGAGCAUCCCUUCAGCCCCGAGCAAACAGUGACAUGUGGAAGGUCUGAGCCCUCUCCCACCGUUGCUGGGGCACCAUGGACACCGAAGCCGUGCAGCCGCAGGAGGCCUUGCUGACGGUCAACGAGCAGGUUAUUGUCAUGUCCAGCCAUGAAACCAUCCGCGUGCUGGAGGUCGGUGUGGAUGCCCCGCUCCCGGCCGAGGAGGACCGAAAAGCCUUGGAGAUGCCUCCAGGGGAGGUAGCGCGGGGCUCCCCGGGAGAGAGCAGCCACCCGGGCAGCGAGGACACCCCAGCCAGCACCCAGAGCUCCUGCGGCGGGGAGGCGCCCGGCAAAGCCAAGCCAGUGGCCGGAGCAUCCCCCAGCACCGUCCCCUCUGCUGGCACAUUCAGCCACGCCACGAGCCAGCAGCCGCAGCCGCUGGCCCCGCUGGCCCCGCAGGUCUUGACUCAGGAAAACUUAGCAACAGUUGUGACAGGAGUAAUGGUUCCAGCAGGGACAGUUACUCAACCUCUUCUUAUCCCCAUCAGUAUUGCAGGUCAAGUGGCAGGUCAGCAGGGGCUGGCUGUGUGGACAUUUCCUACAGCAACGGUCGCUGCCCUCCCCGGAUUGACGGCUGCUUCUCCUACAGGGGGAAUUUUCAAACCACCCAUAGCCAAUUUGCAAGCCGCCGCCGUGUUGAACACAUCCAUGGCAGCACCGGUGCCGCCAGCCCAGCCGCUGCAGGCUGCGGGCCAGCCCCGCGCCCCGCUCCAGCCCCCCGGCGUCUUCCCCCCCAGCCCCGGCCAGCCCCCCAUCCUGCCACAGCCCAGCGCUGCGCCCGCGCCGCCCGUCACCCAGACCCACAUCACUGUCCAGCCGGCCGGAUUCGCCUUUAACCCUGGCAUAAUCAGCGCGGCGCCUCUCGGGGGUCAGACCCAGCUCCUCGGCUCCUUGGCGGCCACCCCCGUGAUCGCCAACACCAUCUCCAGCGUGCAGGGCAUCACGGGCCAGAUCCUCACCAACGCCCAGGGCCAGGUGAUCGGGACGCUGCCGUGGGUGGUGAAUUCCCCCGGGAUGGCGGCCGCCGGCCCGGCCCCGGCCCCGAGCCUGCACGUGCAGACGGUGACGCCGCAGCUGCUGCUCAAUGCCCAGGGCCAGGUCAUCGCCACGCUGGCCGGCAGCACCCUGCAGGCGCCCGGCGCCAAGAAAACCGGCACCCCCGAGCCCCCGGCCCGCAACGAGGUCCAGCCCAUCCAGCCGGCCCCGGCUCUCGCCCAGCCGGCCGUGGUGAUCCCAAACCCUGCCCCGGCGGCCAAGGCUUCCUCCGUGCCCGUCCCCAUCACUUGCACCGAGACCCCCACCGUCAGCCAGCUGGUGUCCAAGCCCCCGGCUCCCAACAGCAGCGCGGAGGAGGACGGGAUUAACCUGGAGGAGAUCCGGGAAUUCGCCAAGAACUUCAAGAUCCGCCGCUUGUCCCUGGGGCUGACACAGACGCAGGUGGGACAGGCCCUGACGGCCACCGAGGGUCCUGCCUACAGCCAGUCGGCCAUCUGCAGGUUCGAGAAGCUGGACAUCACCCCCAAGAGCGCGCAGAAGCUGAAGCCGGUGCUGGAGAAGUGGCUGAGCGAGGCCGAGCUCCGGAACCAGGAGGGGCAGCAGAACCUGAUGGAGUUCGUCGGGGGGGAGCCCUCCAAGAAGCGGAAGCGCCGCACGUCCUUCACGCCGCAAGCCAUCGAGGCGCUCAACGCCUACUUCGAGAAGAACGCGCUGCCCACGGGCCAGGAGAUCACCGAGAUCGCCAAAGAGCUCAACUACGACCGCGAGGUCGUGCGCGUCUGGUUCUGCAACCGCCGCCAGACGCUCAAGAACACCAGUAAACUCAACGUCUUCCAGAUCCCCUGAGCCGGGGCCGGGGAACGUGCGUCCCCCCCAUCGCUCCCACCCCGAGCUCCUGCCAUCAAAGCACUUUCUGCCCCCGACUCGUCCCCCAGCCCCGCGGGGGGCGCGGGGUCUCCACCACCCACCCCCCCGUGCCCGUAGGUGUGUCCGUCCCGUCCCCUCCCCCCCCCCCCCUUUCUCCUCCACAUCACACAUGACCUAAGCGUGUUCACGGCGGGCGUCACGCCUGCUUCGUGCCUCCCCCUGCCUGUGCCGUGUGUGGUGACGGACCCCUGCCUGCGCUCAACGCUCUCCUGUCCCCCCCCCUCCGUGUUGUGUGUGUGUGUGUCCCCAAACAAAAGGAGUGAUUCUCAUGUUUUGGCCGUUUACCCGUGUUCCGGAGGUAGCGUCGCAGCUCGCUGGGGCUUGAACCCCACUUUCAUUUCACCCCCGCUUUGAUUUUGGAGGGGCUUCUCCAUGGGACCCCCCCCGCCUUGGGGACAGCGCUGUGGGUGUUUGGGGGCUUCGCUGGGCUCCCCAGUGCCCUGAGAGGGUUUUUUUGGGGGUGAACCCCAUAACGGAGGCAGCUCCGCUUCCCCCUGUGCCCCCACCCUGGGGUCAGGGGGGGUGGGGAACUCGACCCCCAUCUCUCCGGGGGAGCGGUGAGGGACGGCAGCGGCUGGAGGGGGGAUGUUGGGGGCCGGGACAUGGGGAUUGAUGCACUUGAUGUAGUGGUGUGAAAUAAACAGUAUUUUUCUUUUUU